GUGGGUCGUGCUUCGGCUCUAUAAAGCAGGCGCGUCUGCUCGUACGGUUCAAACCUGAUUCCUCAGCGCGGCGGUGUCUGUCUCCCUCACGGUGGAUUAUGAGGAGGCGUCUGCACGAAGUUAACUUCUCUCUCUGACUUCCAACGCUUCCACGGGACGCUUUAAAGAAGAAAAGGGCGAAACAUUUGAUCUGAAGAUGGAAAACCAAGAGGAACCUAAGAGCAGUGUCAGCGUCCUCAGCUGGGAGCAGGUGAGCCGCCUCAACGAGGUGCUGACUGAGGUGGUGCCCGUCCACGGACGGGGUAACUUCCCCACCUUGGAGGUGCGGCUGAAGGACAUCGUGGCCCGAGUGCGCUCCCGCCUGGAGCUCAGCGGCAUCGCGGUCAAGGACGUCCGGCUCAACGGCUCCACGGCCAGCCACGUGCUGGUGCAGGACGUGGGCUGGAGCUACAAGGACCUGGACGUCAUCUUCAGGGUGGACCUGCCGCACGAGGCCGAGUUCAGGCUCAUCAAGGACGUGGUGCUGGGCACCCUGCUGGACUUCCUGCCCGAGGGCGUGAACAAGGAGAAGAUCACGCCCAUGACCCUCAAAGAGGCCUACGUCCAGAAGUUGGUGAAGGUCAACACGGAGCAGGACCGCUGGAGCCUCAUCUCCCUCUCCAACAACAACGGCCGCAACGUGGAGCUCAAGUUUGUGGACUCGAUACGCCGGCAGUUCGAGUUCAGCGUGGACUCCUUUCAGAUCGUGCUGGACUCCAUGCUCUCCUACUACGAGCUGGCUCAGGCGCCCAUGUCGCCGGCGUUUCACCCGACCGUGAGCGGCGAGAGCGUGUACGGCGACUUCGCCGCGGCUCUGGGCCACCUGAGCGGCAAGCUCAUCGCCACCAAGCGGCCCGAGGAGAUCCGCGGCGGCGGCCUGCUGAAGUACUGCAACCUGCUGGUGCGGGACUUCCGGCCCGCCAGCGAGGAGGAGCUCAAGGCCCUGGAGCGCUACAUGUGCUCCCGCUUCUUCAUCGACUUCCCGGACAUCGGCGAGCAGCAGCGCAAGGUGGAGGCUUACCUGCAGAGCCACUUCGUCGGCGAGGAGAAAAGCAAGUAUGACUACCUCAUGAUCCUGCGCCGGGUGGUCAACGAGAGCACGGUGUGCCUCAUGGGCCACGAGCGGCGGCAGACCCUGCAGCUCAUCUCCGUGAUGGCCUUCCGCGUGCUGGCGGAGCAGAACGCCAUCCCCGACGCCUCCUGCGUCACCUGCUACUACCAGCCGGCGCCGUACGUCCGGGACCACAACUUCAGCAACUACUACGUGGCCAACCAGAACAUUCCCACGUGGCUGCCGUGUAACUGACGGCGCCGCAGAGGGGGCGGAGGUGCUGCCGCCGCUUUUGACAAGAGGGAUUAAAAUAAAAAUCUUUCCCCUCCCCCCCCCCUCUCACACGUGAUUGAAAAGUACCGAGGCAGAAGACGCUUGGCGCCUCUCUCCGGGGGCGUCGAGGUCAUCGAAGAGAGCUAAUUUUAAGUGUUAACAUUAUUUCUUAUUUCUCAUCGCAUUUGUUUUCCCUCUAUUACGGAGUUUUGUGCCUUAACCUCCAGGUGUUAACCCCCCUACCCAAAUUAUGCAAAUAUAUGCUAUAUUUUGCAAAAAAAGGGAAUAUAAUGUGAUGGCCUCAAAUUUGUUUUCCCCCUUUCUGUGACAAAAAAAACUAUGUGAAAAGGCAGAAAAAUGUGUAAAAUACAGAAAAAUAGUAUUAUUGGGGAAGAGGUAAUAUUAAAAAAAAAAAAAACACGUUAUUCACUGGUGA